GAAGAUUGAAGUUUAAAAACUACGAAACCAAACUUUAAACACGUGUUUUUGUUGCAGUGAAUAGAAAUAGGUAUUUUAUAUUAUUAAUGAAAGUAUAAAAUGGGUAGAAAAGCCAAAUUCGAUGAGACAAAGAAAGUAAAAAAAGGACCUGGAAGAAAAGCUCGAAAGCAACCUGACCCUGUAUUUAAGAAGGGACUGAUUGAUGAUGAUAAGGAGGAUAAAAAACUUAGUCAUAGACAGAAACAAAGAGCGGCCCGAAGACUCAAAAAGAAGAAGGAGUUAGUUGAAAAAAGAAAAGCUUUAAAAGAAGCUAAAAAGAGUACUCCACAACCAGAAAAUGAAGAACAAGAAGGCAUGAGUUCAGAGGAGGAAGAACAAAACGGUUUCACGGAUGAUAACAAGGAUUGGUUGAAGCCAAAAAAGAAAGGUGUCCAAAGUAAAAAAGAUAUGGAUUCUCAGAGUGAUGAAAGUGAUAAAGAUGAGGAAGAUGAUGAUGAGGAGUCUGAUGAUAAUGAUGAUAAAGUACCAGCAAAGUCAGGAAAAGAAACAUAUAAGGUUGGAACACUUGAUGACUUAUUUAAUGACACAGAUGAUGAAAAUAAAGAUGAAGCUUCAAGUGAUGAAGAUAAACAAAUUUCAAACAAAACAGCAUAUGAUUCAGACUCAGAUAAUGAUGAAAGUGAUGACAGUAAUGAGGAAAGUGACAUGCUUCCUAUAGAAAAAGCAAAUAUUAAGUUAAAGAAAAAACGAAAGCAAGAUGCCAAGUUAGCUGAUGAUGAGAUGCAACUUAAUAUAUCAAAGCAGGAUGUUUUUGCUUUUCCAAGUGAAGAAGAAUUAAAUAAUCCUACAAGUCUUCAGGAUGUACAUCAAAGAAUAAAAGAUGUUGUCGCAGUUUUAAGUAAUUUUAACCAAUUAAAAGAUGAAGGCAGAUCUCGCUGUGAAUACACUGAUCUACUUCUCAAAGAUCUCUGUACCUAUUACAGCUAUAAUGAGUUUCUAAUGGAAGUGUUAAUGCAAAUAUUUCCAGUGCAAGAGUUGGUAGAAUUUUUAGAAGCCAGUGAAAUAGCUCGGCCUGUUACUAUAAGAACGAACAGUCUAAAAACUAGAAGACGAGAUUUGGCUCAAGCAUUAAUCAAUAGAGGAGUCAAUUUAGAUCCUGUGGGUAAAUGGAGUAAAGUUGGCUUAGUAAUAUUUAGUUCAACAGUGCCUAUUGGUGCUACACCUGAAUAUUUAGCAGGGCAUUAUAUUUUGCAAGGGGCUUCUAGUUUCUUACCAGUUAUGGCUCUUGCACCUCAGGAAAAUGAACGAAUUUUAGACAUGUGUGCUGCCCCCGGAGGAAAAGCAUCACAUAUUGCAGCAAUUAUGAAAAAUACUGGUGCACUUUUUGCCAAUGAUGCAAAUAAGGAUAGAACUAAAGCAGUUGUAGGUAAUUUUCAUAGGCUAGGAGUUGUAAAUGCAAUUAUUUGUAAUUAUGAUGGUAGGCAGUUUCCAGAUGUAAUUAAGGGUUUCGACAGAGUUCUCCUAGAUGCACCAUGUACCGGUACAGGUGUUAUUGCUAAAGAUCCUAGUGUUAAAACAACUAAAGAUCAAAAAGACAUACAGAGAUGCUUUAAUCUUCAAAGACAGCUUCUGUUGGCUGCAAUUGAUUGCUGCAAUGCUAAAUCCAGUACAGGAGGAUAUGUUGUUUAUUCAACCUGCUCAAUUUUACCAGAGGAAAAUGAAUGGGUUGUGAAUUAUGCAUUAAAGCGCAGAAAUGUUAAACUGGUACCUACUGGGUUAGACUUUGGGACAGAGGGCUUUGUUAAAUAUAGGCAUCAUAGGUUCCAUCCCUCUUUAAAAUUAACAAGAAGAUUCUACCCACACACACAUAAUAUGGAUGGCUUCUUUGUGGCAAAGUUGAAGAAAUUCUCUAAUGUUAUUCCUAAAUCUGCAAAUGAUGAGGAUGAAGAAGAAAUCACUGUAGAGGAAAGUGAAAAUAAAGAGCCUGUGCAAAAUGGUGAUGUAUCGGAUGAAAAAGACAUAAAUAAUGUUAAACCUGAGAACAAAAAAAACAAACGGACAGCUACAGAUGGUACUGAAAAUAGUAUACAUCCACAAAAGAAGAUUAAAACAGAUCCCAUAAAGUCUCAGCUUCCAUCCACACAAGAAAAUGGUAAAAAUAAAGCUAAAAAUAAACAGAAGAAAAAGAAAAAUAAAAAUAAACAAGCAAAACCUGCACUGGAGCAAAAUGUAAAUAAAACUGAAUCUAAAAGUGAAACUAAAGAAGAGAAUGAUACAGAUAUAAGAAAAGAUUCCACAGAGAGUAGUGUGAAUUUGUUAAAUAAUGAUAUGGCUAAGAAGAACAAAAACAAGAAAAAGAAGAAAAACAAAAACAAAAAGAAAACAGCUUUGUGUCCAAAGCUAUUUUCUAUUUGCUUCCCGAUGUGUCGAGAGCCAAUGGGCUAUCAUUGGACUACGCAGGUCCUGGCCCACCACCUGGAGGAUGCUGUUACACGAGCUACGCAAUCUUUCCCAGAAGGAAGAUAUACGAGCUCUGAUGACAGCAAAGAAAUCGGGCAUUCCCGCCUCGGCAAACAUGCCCGACGCGCUGCAGUACCGCGGUAACUUCAUAAGAAUGCGAUAUGCAUCAUUAUAUUGCACCCUUAUGGUGCUGAAGGACGCCCUCUUGUAUCGGUACCAUAACUGGCAGGUAUAGAAACACUGGCAGUAUGCCCUGAAGAGAGUGCCCUUCACUUCAUCACUGCAUUUAGCAAAUCUGCGCGCGAGCAUGUUGCACCGAACCGACAAUGACCGCCUUUCCCGCUCCAUGUCGAGAUCGUCCUUGCGAUCGUCAGUGACAAUGUGUCCAAGGUAUUUGAACUGCUCAACAACCCGAACCUCUGUUCCAUUCAAAUACACUUCGGGAACUCUCUCCGGACCCUUUU